UAAAUGCGCAACUGCUUCCAAGGAAAGACUUCAAUUCAUUCAACACCAAUGAACAAAAGAAAGAGUUGAAAGAAAAACAUAUAUUCAAAAGCCAAUUGAGGUCUAUAUGGCAACUACUUCCACUAUAUUGAAUCAAAGAUUAAUGGAGAACUUCCACUACUCAAGAAAACUACUUCUAAUACCAGCUACAAUGCCACAAUACCAUCCGGAGGCCACCGUGGCGCCGCCUCCUGCAACCGAAAUCAGCCACGACACAACAGAUCAACCACCAUUUGAUGCGAAUGUUGUGAUUGUCUUGUCUGUACUUAUAUGUUCCAUAAUUUGUUCACUUAUCGUGAACUGCCUAAUAAAGUGUGCAUUGAGAUGCGUCAGCCGAGUAAUGGAAGACUCAUCCUCAAACCAUACAAACCCUUCUGUAGCAAAGCUAGCCAAUACAGGGAUCAAGACAAAAACCCUCAAAACAUUCCCAGUUAUAACUUACACUACUCAGUUGAAACAUCAAAUGCUUGACUCCGAGUGUGUAAUUUGCUUAUCAGAAUUUGGAGUUGGAGAAAAAGUUAAGGUUCUGCCCAAGUGCAACCAUGGGUUCCACGUCAAGUGUAUCGAUAAGUGGCUAAAUUCACACUCUUCUUGUCCUACUUGUAGGCACUGCCUUAUUGAAAAAAUUGUGAAUGGAGGCAGCUCUGUUACUACAACUGACACUCAAGUAGCUACCAAUACUACUACGUCGGCAGCAGUUCAAGAAAUCAUAAUAGGGAUUGAAUCUCUCCAACGUUAAGGCGUUAUAUCUAACAAUCUCUAAGUUAGUUAGAAAAAUAGGAGUAGUAUCUAGAAGCUUAGCUUUUGUUUAAUUAUAUUGUUUCUUUCUUUUUUUCUAGCUAGGAUGAGGCCAACGCCAGUGUACUUAGCUUCCAAUGAUUCUUUAGUUUUGCAAGUGUAUACAAUGAUUAAUUUUUAUUUCAGCUUAAUUCUUUAUUGAAC